AUGUCUUUAUCACAAAAGAUACUAGAAUUAUUGAAAAAUACAGAAACUAUUAAAUCUACGGAUAUUGAUGUUAGGUCUAAUGAGUUAUAUCCUGUUCUAUUAAGUCUAGCAAGUAAAGAGAUCAUUAGUUUUACAUUUAAAGAACAAAUUAUUUAUAAACUUACAGAAGAAGGAGAAUCUAUCCUUAAAAAUGGAAGCUACGAAUUCAAUCUUUACAACUCAAUUGGUGAUAAUGGAAUGGAAUUAUUAGAAGUGGAUAAAUAUAAUUUAGGAAAAGUUAAUGCAUUUAAAAAUAAAUGGAUUAAGAAAGUGGGAGAUAAGGUUUACAAAAGCGCAGAUAAUGUAGAAGAUAAUGUAAAAAAUAUGCUAAAUAAUGUUACUAAUAAAAUUUAUCAGAAGGAAGAAAUUAGUCUUUUGAAAAAAAGAAAAUUAAUUUAUCAGGCUAAAGAGGUAGUAUAUUUUAUAAAAAAAGGACCUUUGUAUGGAAAAGAUUCUGAUAAUAUAACAGAACUAAUUUCUAAAAUGGUAAUUAGUGGUGAAUAUAAACAUUUAAAUUUUAAGCCUUACAAUUUUAAUACUAAAGGAAAUAUUCAGUCACAAGGUGCAUUGCAUCCACUUAUGAAGGUCAGAGAAGAAAUUCGUAAAAUAUUUUUAGAAAUGGGGUUUAAUGAAAUGACUACAAAUAAAUUUGUAGAAUCUUCAUUUUGGAAUUUUGACACAUUAUUUCAACCGCAGAAUCAUCCUUCGAGAGAUGCACAUGAUACGUUUUUUAUGAAAACCCCUUCUACUACAUCAUACAUUCCAAUUGAUUACAUGCAAAUGAUAAAAAAAAUUCAUUCUGUCGGAGAUUUUGACUCGGAUGGUCAUUUUUCAGACUGGGACAUAAAAGAGGCGGAAAAAAAUAUUUUAAGGUCUCACACAACGGCAUGUAGUACAAGGACAAUGCUUGAAAUUGCAAAGGGAGAAUUUAUAUCUGCAAAAUUAUUUUCCAUCGAUCGUGUUUUUAGAAAUGAAGCACUUGACGCUACGCAUUUGGCUGAAUUUAAUCAAGUCGAGGGACUAAUAGUAGCGAAAGGCUUAACUUUAGGAAAUUUGAUGGGAUAUUUAAAAAGAUUUUUUGAGAAAUUAGGAAUUACGGAUAUUAAGUUUAAACCUGCUUACAAUCCUUAUACGGAGCCAAGUAUGGAAGUUUUUGGAUAUCACAAAGGAUUAAAGAAAUGGAUUGAAGUAGGAAAUUCCGGGAUGUUUAGACCUGAAGUUUUAAGGCCUAUGGGGUUUGACAAGGAUGUUAGAGCAAUAGGAUUUGGAUUGUCACUUGAAAGGCCUACAAUGAUUAAAUAUGGUAUAUCAAACAUUAGAGAUCUUAUUGGUCCAAAAGUAGAUAUUGAGUUUAUUAAAAAAAGUGAAAUGUGCUUUUUUAAUUAA